AUGCUCAUACUGGUAGUAGAACUUGUAAAGUUUGUUGGAGGGGGGCUUGAAAAAGUUGAUGUUGAAAAGUUAGAUAUACUGGUGGCAGAGGAAAAGCUCAAAGUUUUAGUUGGUGUCAAAGGGGCACUGGAAGUGAAAUUUGUGGAACUGACAGAGCUAGAAGAGACGGUUGCGGCUGUUGUGUUUGUGCUAGGUAAGCUCGUGCUCGUCGUAAAGUUCUUAGAAGAGGUGCUCAAAGAAAAUUUCAUCGUACUGAAAGUAGAAGCUGAAGAAGGUGCUUCAGACGAUGAGUUAUCACUUCUGGACGUCGUGAAAUCAGUCGAAGUCCGUGUGAAGUUAAGAUAUGACGUACUGGAAAAUAAUGACGUCACUGUAGAGGUUGGGACGGCAGGAGACGCUUCAGAUGAUAAGUUUUGACUGCUGGAUGUCGUGCCUUCAGUUGAAGUCCGUGUAAAGUUAUCAGAUGAUGUACUGGAAAGUAAUGACGUUAUUGUGGAAGUAGGGACUGGAGAAGACGCUUCAGACGACGAGUUAUCUCUUCUGGACGUCGUGAAUUUGGUUGAAGUUCGAGUAAAGUUGUCAGAUGACGUACUGGAAAAUAAUGACGUCAUUGUGGAAGUAGGGAUUGGAGAAGAUCCUUCAGACGAUGAGUUGCCACUUCUGGACGUCGUGAAUUUGGUUGAAGUUCGAGUAAAGUUAUCAGAUGACGUACUGUAAAAUAAUGACGUCACUGUAGAGGUGGGGACGGCAGGAGACGCUUCAGAUGAUAAGUUUUGACUGCUGGAUGUCGUGCCUUCACUUGAAGUCCGCGUGAAGUUGUCAGAUGACGUACUAGAAUAUAAUGACGUCAUUGUGGAAGUAGGGACUGAAGAAGACGUUUCAGACGAUGAGUUGCCACUUAUGGACGUCGUGAAUUCAGUUGAAGUCCGCGUGAAAUUGUCAGAUGACGUACUGGAAAAUAAUGACGUCAUUGUGGAAGUAGGGAUUGGAGAAGAUCCUUCAGACGAUGAGUUGCCACUUCUGGACGUCGUGAAUUUGGUUGAAGUUCGAGUAAAGUUAUCAGAUGACGUACUGAAGAUUAACGGUGUCAUUGUGGAAGUAGGGACUGGAGAAGACGCUUCAGACGACGAGUUAUCACUUCUGGACGUCGUGAAUUUGGUUGAAGCUCGCGUAUAG